AUGAGCAUCGAACACCGGCGCUCUUGCACUGGCUCUGCGCCCCACGUCGCCAAGAGACUUUACGCCACCAUCGUUCUCUUUAUUGGCAUCAUAUGUAUAUUCGCAGGCUAUUUGUUAGGGCGGAUGGCUCGGAACGAGGUGAAGCGAACUAACGACAUCGUGUCUAUCAACCUGACGAUCACUGCCGACAAUUUGUACAAAAGAUCAAAACGUGUACUGCCUAAGGCCGUCCAUCAUAACGAUUCCGAGAAAGUUGCAGCAAGAAUACUAGAAGCGUUUAACUGUAGUCAGAGCGAAUGUGGAACUAUGACUAACUACAAUGUCGCCGACUUAGUUAAGAACUGUAUAACUAUUGAAGUGUCAAAAUUAAUUAGGUCAAUUAACAACGUCUCUCUAUAUUUGGACUCGCUUAGAUGA